AUGUUAGGUGUUUCAAAUUCAAAAAUCACAGGCGCGUUUUCGUUCAAGUCAACCCAAUGGUUUACUAAGUUAAAGGAAUGGUGUUGGCACGCAGCGUGUUCUCGUUCAAGUCAACCCAAUG